CUGGGUGAACUCAACUGAAUGAUGAAGAUGGGUCAACAAAAUGGCGGACGCUAGUUUAAUGCUCACCGACUCCCACACAACAUUUUGUUUGCGGAUUUCUCAGGCUGCGGACUGGGACGUUUUGGAUCCAAAUGUUCAAUACCAGCAGGAUGAAAUUGACUACAAGGAUCCCUGCAAAGCUGCUGCCUUUUUGGGCGACAUUGCCUUGGAUGAAGAAGAACUUCUGAUGUUUAAAGAAGCCCUAAAAGUAGCACCUCUUCAGCAAAAAGGAAGAAGAAGAAGACGAGCAGCAACAUCCAGAUCUGAGCGGGUUUGGUCAGACGGCAUCAUACCAUACACCAUCAGCGGCAAUUUCAGUGGGAGUCAGCGAGCCAUUUUCCGUCAGGCCAUGCGUCACUGGGAGAAGCACACCUGUGUCACGUUCAUCGAGAGGACAACCGAGGAGAGCUACAUUGUUUUCACAUACAGGCCUUGUGGUUGUUGUUCCUACGUGGGGAGGAGAGGCGGCGGUCCUCAGGCCAUCUCUAUAGGCAAAAACUGUGAUAAGUUUGGCAUCGUGGUGCAUGAGCUGGGCCACGUCAUCGGCUUUUGGCAUGAGCACACACGCCCUGACCGCGACCAACAUGUGAGCAUCAUCAGAGACAACAUCCAACAAGGCCAAGAGUACAACUUCCUGAAAAUGGAACCAGGCGAGGUGGACUCACUCGGUGAAGUGUACGACUUUGGCAGCGUCAUGCAUUAUGCCAGGAAUACCUUCUCCAGAAGCGUCUACUUGGACACCAUCUUACCUCGUUAUGAUGUCAAUGGAGCGCGGCCCCCUAUUGGACAGAGGCUCAGGCUCAGCAAAGGAGACAUCGCACAAGCGCGGAAACUCUACAAAUGUGCAAGAUGCGGGAAGACGUUGCAGGACAGUUCUGGAAACUUCUCGUCUCCUGAUUUCCCCAAUGGCUACUCUGAGUACGUCCAUUGUGUGUGGAGGAUCUCUGUCACACCUGGAGAAAAGAUUGUUUUGAAUUUCACAUCCAUGGCUCUCUCCAGUAGUCACCUGUGCCGGUAUGACCACGUGGAAGUCCGAGACGGCUUCGGGAAAAAGGCUCCUCUGAAAGGCCGCUUCUGUGGAGACUCCGUCCCGGACGUGAUCACCUCAAGUGACAGUCAACUUUGGAUCGAGUUCAGGAGCAGCAGCAUCUGGGUGGGCAAAGGCUUCUCGGCCGCCUACGAAGCCGUCUGUGGAGGGGAGGUGGAGCGGGACAGCGGUCAGAUCCAAUCACCUAAUUACCCUGAUGACUACCACGCCAACAAAAUGUGUGUGUGGAAGAUUACAGUAUCAGAGGGUUACGAAGUAGGUCUCUUCUUCCAGUCGUUUGAGCUGGAGAGUCACGACAGCUGUGCUUACGACUAUGUGGAAGUGAGGGACGGCGACUCGGACCUCGGCCCGCUGCUUGGCCGCCUCUGCGGCCACGACAAACCCGGCAACAUCAAAAGCAGCAGCAACCGACUGUGGCUGAAGUUUGUGUCUGACGGAUCGGUCAACAAGGGCGGGUUUUCCGCGAGCUUCUUUAAAGAGAUGGACGAGUGCUCUCGACCUGAUAAUGGCGGCUGCGAGCAGCAUUGCGUGAACACCCUGGGCAGCUACAGAUGCGCCUGUGAUCCUGGAUAUGAACUGGCCCCUGACAAGUCCAGCUGUAAAACAGCAGCGUGUGGCGGCUUCAUCACCAAACUAAACGGCUCCUUCACAACUCCCGGGUGGCCUAAGGAAUACCCGUCGAACAAAAACUGCGUGUGGCAACUGGUGGCGCCCGUCCAGCACCGCAUCACUCUGGUCUUUGAUGUGUUUGAUAUAGAAGGCAAUGAUGUGUGUAAAUACGAUUAUGUGGACGUGCGCAGUGGCGCUACCGCGGACGCAAAUCUCCACGGGAAGUUCUGCGGCGAGGAGAAACCCGACCCUGUAACCUCACAGCAGAACACCAUGAGAGUCGAAUUCAAGUCCGACAACACCGUGUCCAAGAGAGGAUUCAAGGCUCACUUCUUUUUUGAUAUGGACGAGUGUUCGGAUAAAAACGCCGGUUGCCAGCAUGAAUGUGUGAACACCAUGGGAAGCUACAAGUGCCGGUGCCGCAGCGGCUUCGCUCUUCACGACAACAAGCAUGACUGCAAAGAAGCGGGCUGUGAUCACAUGAUUAACGGCGUAUCAGGCACCAUUAGCAGCCCCAACUGGCCCGAGAAGUACCCCAGCAAGAAGGCCUGCACCUGGCUUCUGUCCACAACUCCGGGUCAUCGGAUACAACUUGUGUUCAACGAGAUCGACAUGGAGGCUCAUAUGCAGUGUGCUUACGACCAUUUGGAAAUUUUUGACGGGACAGAUGUCCGCGCCUCCAGUCUGGGACACGUCUGCGGCACAAAGAAGCCUCCUCCGGUCGUCUCCAGCGCCAACGCCAUGUUUCUACGUUUCUUCUCCGACAACUCUGUGCAAAAGAGAGGCUUUGAGGCCUCGUACAGAGCAGAAUGCGGAGGCAGCCUUUACGCUGAGGUCAAAACGAAAGAUUUGUACUCGCAUGCCGAGUUUGGAGACAACAACUAUCCAGGAGGCUCUGACUGCGCGUGGGUCAUCUCUGCAGAGAAAGGUUACGGAGUGGAGCUCCUCUUCCAGGUGUUUGAGGUGGAGGAGGAGCCUGACUGCGGCUACGAUUACGUCGAGCUUUACGACGGGGCCGACGUCAAGUCCCCACGGCUGGGACGAUUCUGCGGAUCCGGGACUCCAGAGGAAAUCUACUCCGCCGGGGAUGCCCUGCUGUUGAAAUUUCACUCUGAUGACAGUGUCAGUAGAAAAGGUUUCCACGUGCUCUACACCAGCACAAAGUUCCAGGACACUUUGCACGUGAGCAAGUGACUUUAAACUUACACCACAUCCAAACUGCAAAUGCAGACUCUUCACUUUUUGCUGGGCCCACACCCAUCCCAGCAAGGAGUGCAUGGAUUUAAACCACAAAUGUCACAUUUACAGCAGACAAAUGAUAUAUUUCACAUAAUUGUAGGUGUACAAGCUCUUGCACGCUGCCUGUAAUUAGCAAUUUAGUGCCCUGUGGGGAUUUAACAUGCACAGUUUUACAUUUAAACACCUAAUGACGUGCUGUUAACUUUCCUAUGUUUUUACGACCCUCCACUGUAAGCUUAUGUUUAAUGAAUAGUGUUUUUGCACAUAUUCCUUACUUCUACAAAUCCCUCUUACGUAUAACACACAGCACUUUUCCACACUUUUAAAAUUAACUGUUGCAGACACAAUACUUCACUGAGGGCUGUGAUUUUAGGACAAAACAUGUUUACAAUAUAGGACAAUGUGUGUUACACGUGAUACUGACAGCUAGUUAGUCAUUUUUAAGUUGCGUUGUUAAAUAAAUCCCCAAGUUUUAUGUCUUUUUGUGUUGUAUUAUAACAAACCUCAUAAUUUCCUGCGUACUUAAACGCAGCACCAGGUACAUCAGUUACUGUAUACUCCCAAAACAUCAUUUAAAAAAAAAAAAAAUGCAAUUCCUUAAUUUGAACGCAACAAACCAAAAAUACUCUCCAUCUACACAGUUCAAACAAAAUAGCAUCUUUGAAGCAAUAUUGAUCUGAAAAAUCAAUAGUUAUAUUAAAAUAAAAUAAAGAAAGAAACAUGGCGUGAGUCUGAAAAUGAGCAGAAAGAAGCAACAGCUUAAACAUUUCCUG